UAGGCGUUGCGGAGCCUACCGGAGCGGUGAGCUUUGACUUCCUGCUACCUAAUGGCGGCGACUGACCCGGAAACGGCGCAGAGACAAACAGAAGAAAUUGAAGCCUUGUCUGCUAUAUAUGGUGAUGAAUGGUGUGCUAUCAAUGAAGAUGAGAAAAUAUUCUGCAUUAAGAUUAGUGAUUGUUUAGAACAUCCAAAGUGGACUCUCUUUCUGCAGGUGAUUCUGCCCCCUGAAUAUCCAACCACAGCACCACCUAUUUAUCAACUUAAUGCUCCUUGGCUUCUAGCUCAAGACUAUGCAGAAAUAGAAAAUAACUUGGAAGAAAUCUAUGCACAGAAUCUUGGUGAAAGUAUUCUAUAUCUGUGGGUGGAGAAGAUACGGGAAAUUUUGAUAGAAAAAUCUCAAUCAUCUGUUCAAGGACAAGAUAUUAAAAAAACUACUAAAGAAACAAUCGAAGAGCAUGAAGAAGACUUUUCUUUGGAGUGCCAACUGUUCCAGCCAUAUGCAGCCAUAACUCUGAAUUUUGAUCUUCCUGAAAGUGAGGAAGAUGAAGAGCUACCUCCGAUCUAUCAUGGAAACCCUAUUACAGACAGAAGGAGCACCUUCCAGGCACAUUUAGCACCUGUUGUGACUCCUAAACAGGUGAAAAAUGUUCUUGCCAAACUCUGUGAGAAUAAGAAAAUAGCCAGUGCUACUCACAACAUACAUGCGUACAGGAUAUUCUGUGCAGACAAGCAGACUUUCAUGCAGGAUUCUGAAGAUGAUGGUGAGACAGCUGCAGGUGGUCGUCUUCUCCAUCUCAUGCAGAUCUUGAAUGUUCGCAAUGUCUUGGUUGUGGUGUCCCGAUGGUAUGGUGGUAUCUUGCUUGGACCAGACCGCUUUAAGCAUAUCAACAAUUGUGCUAGAAAUAUACUGGUGGAGCAGAAUUAUACUGGUGGAGCAGAAUUAUAUAAUUUUUCUGAAAAUGUAUCUAAGCAACCAGGGAAGAACAAAAGAAUAAGGAAAGACAAGAAGAAAACUGAAUGCUGAUUCAUUUGUAAAAAUGUACUUUAACCUAUCUGGACUUGGUUAAAUAAAACUGCUCAGCUGCUGAAAGGAA